UACCGUCUGUCUUCGUGUUGAGGGGGGCAGAUCUUGAUAAUUUUUCGAGAAUCGUGACGAGAAGUCAUUCCUUCUUCAUUAACAAUGAUUAAUUUAACAAUUAAUUUGCUCAUGUAACAAUUCCAAAUCAAUUUCAAUACACAUUUGUUUAAGGCAUUUUACAUUUUAUUAAUACAUUUCAUUCUAAGAUUAAAACGAUAAGACGUCAGGUGGAUAAUUGAUAUUUAAUCGUGUAAUGGCCCCAGCUGUGUGUUUUGGGAUGGUAUUAGACAGCCGCUCAGAAACCAAGCGCGGCCUGAUAUUUUAGUCUUAAGUCUCGAAGCAUCGAGAACUUUGUUUUGCGGAAAAUGAUGCUGCUAAUUUUAUUUCUGUGCAUCGGAGCUGUUGCAGGGAGGAGAUCACCGCAUGCAGAGUACAUUGAGGAGCUGGAACAGAGUCUGGUUGGUACCCCAAGCGAUGUGCUGGAAGAUGCUAAACUCGACGUGCCUGGUCUUCUAAUCAAAUACGGAUAUCCCUCCGAGAUCCACAGUGUAGAAGCAGAAGAUGGUUACAUACUGGAAAUGCACCGGAUUCCUCACGGUAGGAACGAAGGGAGCAGACCUAAACAGAAUAGACCGGUGGUCUUCCUGAUGCAUGGUCUUUUAUCGUCUUCAGCUGACUUCUUGCUACUAGGGCCGAGUACUGCUUUAGGUUACAUCCUAUCCGACGCCGGCUAUGAUGUCUGGUUGGGUAACGCCCGCGGUAACUUCUACUCUCGCAAGCACAGACGUCACAAUCCGGACAGCCUCAUCACUCAGAGAUUUUGGAAGUUCAGCUGGGACGAAAUAGGCAAUUACGACCUACCGGCCAUGAUAGAUUACGUUUUAGAGGCCACCGGGCAACAGAAAGUUCACUAUGUCGGCCAUUCCCAAGGCGGAACCACGUUUUUGGUGUUAAAUUCGUUAAGACCGGAAUAUAAUGAGAAGUUCAUUUCCUUCCAAGGGUUGGCACCUGCUUCCUUCUUCACAUACAAUGAACAUUCAACUUUCAACGCUCUGGCGCCGUAUGAAAAUGUUCUUGAGAGUGCAGCCUUUGCUAUGGGUGUGGGUGAAAUCUUUGGUAACAGGGAAUUCAUGACCUGGUUCGCCACCAACCAUUGCAUCGAGGACUCGAUUUUGUUUCCCUUGUGCACCAACACGCUACCCGGUAUUACUUCCUCUGAAUAUUUUAACUCGACUUUGUUGCCACUGAUCCUUGGCCACACUCCAGCCGGUGCAUCCAUCCGGCAAGUAGCCCACUACGGUCAGAUCAUUCGUUUUGACGCCUUCCGCCGCUACGACCACGAUCCGAUCAGAAACCUCAUCAACUACGGCCAAUUGCAGCCACCGAACUAUGACCUCAGUAAAAUCACGGUCCCAGCUUAUCUCCACUACGGCUUAAAGGACAGGCAAGUCGACUACAGGGAUCUUUACCUUUUGGCCAGGAAAUUGCCAAACACAAUAGGCGUUUACAAAGUGGCGCGUGAUAGCUUCAAUCACUUCGAUUUUCUUUGGGCCUCUGAUGUCAAAGAAAUGUUUUAUGAUAGACUAUUGGAGCACUUAAAACUUGCGGAAGCGCAAUUUUUGUAAUUUGGAAACGAUGUUCUUUGUAUCAUUAAAGCAAAUAAGUAUGUAUUAGACAAACAUUCGAUACUGGAAUAUGAAGUUUUAGAUAUCAUUAUUCAGUUAAUAAAAAUAAUACAUAAAUUUAAAA